CGCUUCCUUAAUCCUUUGCAGCAGCAGCAGCAGCAGCAAGCGACAAUGCCCGGUCUCAAGAGGAGCCGGAAAGACGACGUCGCCGAGAGCGGCGGCAAGGCCAAGAAGGCAUUGCACGAAAAAAAGGGCGAUGGCAGCCACAAAGUCAAAAAGGCUCGCCGAGCAUCGACAGAUGCUGCCUCUGCUUCUGCUUCCACCUCAGCAGCAGCACCGCCAAAGGAAGUCGACUUUCCCCGAGGAGGCGGCUCCUCGUUGACUCCAUUCGAGCACCAUCAGGUGCUUCGAGAGGUCAAGGAUGAAUCUGCGAAGCGAAGAGAGGCGAAGCAGCAGGCCGCCGCCGAUGACGACUUGUUCUCCUCCGACAAGAAGAGCAAGGCUGGAGGCAAGAAGGCCUUGGAUCGCAGCAAGAGACAGGAAGGUGACAGGAACAAAAAGGGUGGCAAGAAGUCCGCAUCGAACACUUUGAAGGAAGGGGCCAAGGCAGAGCUGAAAACGAGAGUCGAGGCGCUCAACUACAAGCGCCUGCUCCCAGGCACGAGGUUGUUGGCUACCAUUCUCGCUGUCCACCCGCUCGCCCUCGUCGUCUCGAUGCCCAACCAAAUGCUGGGUCAUGUGCCAAUCACGCACAUCAGCCAGCCGCUUACGGCCAGACUUCAUCAAGCCGCCGACGAUUCAGACGAUGACGAUUCAGAGUCAGAACAAGAGAACGAGGACGAGGAUGAAGUCAUGGAUGGUGGAGAGGCAAAGGGGUCAAAGGGAGUGCCAGAGCUCAGAGACUUGUACCAAGUGGGACAAUGGGUCAGCGUCAGCGUUGUGGCGGUUCACUCUGCCGAGAAGGUGCGAGGGCGCGAGCGAGGCAGGGAAGGAGGCGAGUACGAGCAGGAAUCGCGCAGGGUCGAGCUGUCGAUGGACCCUCGGCUGGUCAACGAGGGCGUGUCGCCGCAGGACCUAUCUCGUGGCUUUGUCCUGCCCAUGGCCGUUAGAAGCAAAGAAGACCAUGGAUACCUCAUGGAUGUCGGCAUCGAAGGCUUCGAGGGCUUCCUCUCGUUUAAGGAUGGCGCAUCGUUGCACGUCGGCCAGGUCAUCGAGGCCGCCGUCAUCUCGGUGGGUGACAACAAGCGGACACUUUCAGCGACGACAAACGCAAAGGAGCUGCGCAAGGCCGAGCUUCCCUCUACGUCUGCGCCCGCCAUCUCUGGUCUGGUCCCAGGCAACCUCGUCUCGGCCCUCGUCAUGGACUCGUCCAACGCAGGACUGCAUGUCAAGCUCUGGGGCAUGUUUGAUGCCACUAUCGACUCUACGCACCUCCCACACUCGGACGGAGAGGCCUCUGGCGUACCUGUUGGAUCAAAAAUCAAGGCUAGAAUCCUCUGGGAUCUGGGUCCGGCUGCCGACACGGCCGCUUCGCUUGAAGGAGAUGUGGCCAGCAGUAGCAGCAGUGCACAUGCGCGCAAGUUGGCCCUCAGUGCUGCUCCUCAUGUUGUCGAGCUGGCAGAGCCUGCUUCGAUUGUCGGACAAGACAUUCCCAGUGUCGGGACAGAUGUAGAAGCGACAGUGACGAGCACCCUGGGAGACUGGGGCUUGACUUGCAAGCUCGAAGGGACCAGGCUCCUUGGUUUUGCCCACAUUUCCAACGUCUCCGAUGACCACAUCGAGAGGCUGCCUCCCACCUCAGGACCGUUCAAGAUUGGCACAACCCACCAGGCUCGCGUCGUGGGUCAUUCCCUCACCGAUCAAGUUCUCCAGCUCAGCCUCAAGCCCAGCGUGCUCCAGCGAUCUUUUAUGCGCGUCAGCGAUGUCCAGAAUGGUCAGGUCGUCAAGGCGACGGUCAAGACUGUCAAUUCCAAGGCCAUCAUUCUCGACCUCAAGGGAACCGUUGAUGGUGUCGUCUUCCCGAAUCACUUCUCCGACGUGCCUCUCAAGAAGCCCGAGAAAAAGUACAAGGAGGGCCAAGCGGUCAAGGCGCGCAUCUUGAGGGUGGACCCGGAGCGAAACCGGAUUGCCCUCACGCUUAAGCGGACCCUGGUUCAGUCUGAGCUGCCCGUCGUCAGCUCCGUCGUCGAGGGUGAUGUUCAGGCGGCAAGGGUUGGCGUGGUGACCCAUGCGGUCGUCUCAAAGGUGCUCGAGGGUGUCGCCGGUCCCACUGCGAUCCUCGUCGACAUGUACGGUCCCGUACGAGCCUAUGUUCCCAUCUCUGAAGCCACUGAAUCGCCGUUGACGUCAUCCGAGGCGGGAUCUCUCCGCAACGCCUUCUUUGAGGGCAAAGUUCUCAAGAUCAGAGUGACAAGAAUCGACAAAGAAACGGGCAGGGUCACUGCCUCAGUUCGGCAGGCAACCGCCAGUUACCUGGCCAAGCUCAAUCUCGACGCUGUGGAGCUGGGAGAAAAGGUCCACGGGAAAGUCGUUGCAGUGCGCCGAGACAUCGUCGUGGUGAAUCUCGAGCCUUCUGGAGUGCGCGCACUCGUGGGUCUUCACACUGUCGCUCAGGAGAAAGGUUGCUCGGUCGACGACGUCAAGGCGAUGGUCAGCGAGGGCGAUGAGCUGACCAACCUGACCAUCCUCGACAAGUCACCAGAAAAGGGCGCCGUCUUCUGCGGCGGAUCGAAUGCGCGAGCCAAGGUCUCGGCGACAGGUGCCACCGUUGAGCAAGGCAGUGUCCACACCGUCAAGGUGAUGCACAAGAACGAAACAGCCGCCGUUGUUGCUCUUCCUGGUGGGCUCCGUGGCAAGCUGCAUGUGACGGACUGCGGAGACGACUUUGGCGCACCGAGACGAGAUGCUGCUUCGGAUCUGCUUCCCAAUGAGGGCGACACAAUUGAUGUCGCUGUCAUUCAGCACCUUGGGAAGAUGGCUGAUGUGUCCACGAGACCUUCGAGGAGGUCUACUGACGCCGCCAAGGGCAAGGCCCCUCGCGAUGUCCAGAUCGACGAUGCAGCAGACCUCCAAGAGGGACAGGUCGUUCGAGGGUUUGUCAAGAGCAUGGCCGAAUCUGCAGGUCUGUUUGUCGAGGUCUCAAGACGAUUGACGGGGCGCGUCAAGAUCAAGGAUCUCUUCGAAGAGAGGUUCGUCAAGGAUUGGAUGAGCGAGUUUGAGGUCGGUCAGCUCGUUGAGGCGCGCGUUCUCAAGGUCGUCGACAAGCGAAGACUCGAUCUGACGCUCAAGAAGGUUCAAGGAGGUCAACAGCAGGCCACAUCGCUCCCCAAGCUCGAACUCAAGCCCGGCGACAAGAUCAAAGGUUUCGUCAAGAGCGUCGUCGAGUUUGGCGUCUUUGUUCAGGUCGAAGGUGCCAAUGUCAGCGGACUGGCGCACAAGUCUGAGCUGUCGGACAACAAGUCAACGAGUGCACAGGAAGCCCUCAAGGCGUUCAACGUUGGUGAUCGCGUUAUGGCAAAGGUCCUCAAGGUCGAAGGGAAGGCAGAUGGGUCCGUCAAGGUCUCGUUUGGGCUGAAGCCGAGCUACUUUGAGCCGGAAGAUUUUGAUGAGGAUGAUGACGAUGACGAAAGCGGAUCCUUGGAAGAUGGCAGUGAUGACGACGAGGACGAUGACGACGAGGAUGGCAGUGACGUUGAAAUGGAUGCCAGCCAACUCCUCAAUGGCGAUUCCGACGAUGAGGAGAUGCUCCAACUCGGCGAGGACUCGGCAGAAGAAGACGAAGAGGAGGAAGAAGCGGAAGAAGGUGACGACGAUGAGGAACAGUCUAUGAGCGAGGAGGACGAGGAGGAAGAGGAAGCGACUCCACCCGAGGCCCCUGCCAGCAAGAUUAGCGGCAAAGUGGUAGCGCCUGCCCUCGAGCUCGCGGGUGGUUUUAGCUGGUCGGCUCAGCAGGACGAUGACGACGAGCGAGCGUCUGACUCUGCAUCUGACUCUGAGCAAGACUCCGAUGGCGAUGACGAAGAGGACGAGGAAGCCCGGAGAAGGAGCGACAAGAAGAACAAGAAGAAGCAGAAGACCGUGUUUGAAGAAGACAUUACCGCAGACCUGGCCACCAAAAAACCUGAGUCGGCGAUGGAUUUCGAACGGUUGCUUCUCGGCUCGCCUGACUCCUCCUUCCUCUGGAUCCAAUUCAUGUCGCUACAGCUGCAACUGUCAGACGUCGAUCGAGCGCGCGAAGUGGGGCGAAAAGCGCUCAAGGUCAUCAACUUUAGGGAGGAGCAGGAGAGAUUCAACGUAUGGGUCGCCCUUCUCAAUCUCGAGAACAGCUACGGAUCCGACGAGUCAUUUGAAGCGACAUUCAAGGAGGCGUGUCAGACGAAUGAGUCCAAAAAGGUCCACCUGCGUACUGCAGAGCUCCUCGAGGUCAGUGGCAAGAUCGAAAAGGCGCACGAUGUGUGGAAGCGCACGACGAAGCGCUUCGGGCAUAGCAGCAAAGUCUGGGUCGGUUUUGGCCGCUUCCUCUUGCGCUCUCACAGGGAGGACGAGGCCCGCGCACUGAUCCCACGCGCGAUGCAAAGCUUGGAGAGGCGAAAGCACGUCAAGACAAUCGUGGGCUUUGCGCUGGCCGAAUUCAAGCUGGGCGACACGGAGCGGGCCAGGACGAUCUUUGAGGGUCUGGUAGACAGCCAUCCAAAGAAGCUCGACGUCUGGUGGCAGUACAUCGAUCAAGAGACGAGGCUCAACAACAUUGCUCAGGUCCGUGACUUGUUUGAGAGGAUUCUCUCGCUUCGACAAAGCAGCAAGAAGGCCAAGUCAAUCCUGAAGAAGUGGCUCGACUUUGAGAAGCGAAGCGGGACAAAGGAGGGCGAGCAACAGGUGCUCGAACGGGCUCGGGAGUUCGUCGAGGAACUUCAGGCAAGACAGCGGGCAGGUGAAGGCGCGACUGAGCCCGAAGAAGAGCAAGACGACGAGGACGAGGAUUAAAAAUGAAUGAUAUCUGUGCAUAGAUUCUCGCUUCACUCCCUGCAACCAUCGAACAGUUUCAUGUUUGAAAGGAGGCAUUCUUCUUGUCGUAAAGGAUUUCAUCAAGGAUGCAACAAAGAGACGGAAAGAAGUUCGUGAUACA